AUGCCUCACGUUAUCGAGUGGGAUGGCGAUGAGCCGUUCAUCCGCGUCAACGACGAGUUCCGACUCACGCCGUACCGUGAUCCAGAGGACACGGAGGGAAUGUGUGAGAUUAGCAACUUUCCUGACGUGGGCAAGUGGUCGUACAUGAGACCAUACCCGUACACUGUCCCGGACGCCCGCAUCUGGUUCGACCUCACCGUCCCUUCCCAAAAGGCCGCCGUCGCCCUCCUCAAGGCCAACAAGGAAGAGGCGGCGGACGUAGGCGAGGUCAGCCCCGCAUCCACUCCGACCCCGCCGCUCUCCGUUAUUCCAUUCAUUGUCCUGCGUGACAAGACGGGCAAAUACCUCGGCGACGCAUCGCUCACAUUCGAAGAUGACGUUUGGGUGAUCGCCUACGCUCUCAACCCGAGUCUCUGGGGAAAGGGCGUCGGCACACAAAUGGUCAAGACGCUCAUCGAGUGGGGCGAGGAGAGUAACGGUGUAAAGGAAGUGCACGCAGCCGUUGUCUCCAUGGACCACCUCGGUACCCUGUGGGGGGAUAACGGCCCGGUGGUUGGGAACCUUCUCUACCAUGCGGACAGGACGUCCGGGAUUGGGGACGUGUUGCACAUCAACAAACACGGUGUCCAGUCACAUGCGCUUGACUGA